AUGUCCUCUGGCUCCUCCACGAUCAUGGCCGACACGGUGCGGGGGCACUACUACCUGAAGAUCGACGGCUACUCGUUAGUCAUAUUUUUUCAUGUCAAAAAAGGACCGGCUGGAAAAAAAAUUCGUGCGCGCACCAGCCGGGAUUCGAACCAACGACACGGCAAGGUGGAGGCCCCCGUCCGCCUUGAUGUCUGGGAAUGUCCCAAGUUCGUCAAGAGAAAGGCCCUGGAGAAAUCGAGCCAUCUCAAGGACGAUUCCUUCACCAUCCGCUGCGACAUCAUCGUCCUCAACGAGUUCCGCGCCAAGGAGGGGCUGCCGCCGGGCCCCGCUCUCGGAUCCAUCCCCGUGCCCCCGUCCGACCUGGGCCAGCAGCUCGGCGACCUCCUCGCGGCCGACAAGGGCGCCGACGUCGUCUUCGAGGUCGGCGGCGAGACGUUCCCGGCGCACCGAUGCCUGCUCGCGGCCCGGUCGCCCGUCUUCAGCGCCGAGCUCUUCGGCUCGAUGAGGGAGAGCACCGGCGCCGGCGCGGUCCGCGUGUCCGACAUGGAGGCGGGUGUGUUCAGGGCGCUGCUCCGCUUCGUGUACACGGACUCGUGGCCGCCGGAGACGGCGGAAGGAGAGGAAUUCGCCAUGGCCCAGCAUCUGCUCGUGGCGGCGGACAAGUACCGCAUGGAGAGGCUCAAGCUAAUCUGCGAGGACAAGCUGUGCAAGAACAUCGCGGCGGGCACGGCGGCGAGCAUCCUGGCGUUGGCUGAGGUGCACCACUGCCAUGAGCUCAAAGGUGCAUGCUUCCAUUUCCUCAACUCUCCGAAGAACCUGACGGCAGCCAUGGCCGGCGACGACUUCGAGAAUCUGCGCUCAAGCUUCCACUCUCUUGUCAAGGAGUUGAUUGCCAAGUGCUCGAUCGAUGCCUCAGCUCAGUGAUGGUUGAUUCUUGAUUGAUCCUCGAUGCUUGUGAAUUAUGCUUUGCUAGCUAAGCUACCGGUAGUGCAUGGACUGGGAACCACCAAGUUGGUAGUACUAGCUUACAUAUCGUUGGGAACCAUUUACCUCUCUUGUUUCAGCAAUGGUACUCUGGCAUUUAGUUUUCUUGUCAUGUUCAAAAUGAUUACAUCCUACUAUCAUUGCAUUAUGUGCAACCUUACCAAAUAAUUAAUCAGUAAUGAAGGGAAUUGUGAGUUAUCAGGUGA